AGUCUGUUGUAUUUUUUAUGGUGUUUGAUGUUUACAUUGGAUAAGAAAUAUGUGCAAUUUUGUUUGACUAUUAAAGUCAAUGAUUCUUCCAGAUUAAGAUUACCACCAUGGCUUAAGACAGAAAUACCCAUUGGAAAGAACUAUUACAAACUAAAGGAAUCAUUGAGAGAACUCAAUCUAUCUACAGUUUGUGAAGAAGCAAAAUGUCCAAACAUUGGUGAAUGUUGGGGUGGAUCCGAUAGUCAAACAGCAACAGCAACGAUGAUGCUUCUUGGUGAUCAAUGUACGCGAGGUUGUUGUUUCUGUUCAGUGAAAACUAACAAAAAGCCACCAGCUCCUGAUCCUAUGGAACCUGAAAAUACAGCAAUUGCAAUUUCCAGAUGGGGGCUUGGUUACGUAGUUCUGACGUCUGUUGACAGAGAUGAUUUAUCAGAUGGUGGUGCUUCGCAUUUCGCUGAGACAGUCAUCAAAAUAAAAGAAAAUUCUGCACAUUUUCUACUCCAUGUUGCUUUUGAUAACCCAGUUCUUCAAGAUGAAGUAUUUCAAACUCUUAAAGAUCUUAGAGAAGCUAAAGUCGACUGUGUUACUCUUGGACAGUAUAUGCAGCCAACCAGAUUACAUUUGAAGGUUGCUGAAUAUAUAGCACCAGAGAGGUUUGCGCAUUGGGAAAAAGUGGGCAAGGCGUUAGGCUUUGCUUACACAGCUAGUGGUCCUUUGGUAAGGUCUUCGUAUAAAGCUGGUGAGUUUUUAUAUAUUUUUGAUACAUUACCACAUGUAAGUAACAUUAAAGUUGUCGGAACAGUAGAAAAAAUUUUUCCUGUUUUACUUAAAUGUUGUGUAUAUUUAACUGACAAUUGACGAAAUAAAGUUGCGACUAAUCCAUGACGUCA